ACGCCAUUGCGGUUCAAACGAGAAGCGCAAGUACCUUGACUUCAAUGGUAACUUUGAGCCAAGAUGGCUCCCUAAAUCUAGAGUUUCACAACAGUUCAUAUUACUUCUAGGAGCGUUUAGACGUGGAUCGUCACAGGUUUCCAAAGUUGGACAGGAUGGUUCGGGUGGUGUUCCUUCAUCCAGACCUUGGCAUAGGUGGAGCUGAGCGACUGGUGGUGGAUGCCGCAGUAGCGUUGAAAUCUCAAGGAUGCAGUGUUCAGAUCUGGACGGCCCAUUACGACCCAACACACUGCUUCUCUGAGACCCUGGACCCAGAUCUACCUGUCGUUUGUGUGGGUGACUGGCUACCUACCAGUGUGUUUGGUUUCCUCCAUGCUCUAUGUGCCUACCUGAGGAUGAUCUUUGUGGCCUUCUACCUGGUUUUCCUCAGCGGCGAGGAGUAUGAUGUCAUCUUCUGUGAUCAAGUGUCAGCGUGUAUCCCGAUGCUUCGAUUGUCGCGUCACAGGAAGAAGGUUUUGUUUUACUGUCACUUCCCAGACCAGCUGCUGACCCAAAGGAAGUCACUCCUGAAGAAGCUUUACCGUGCUCCCAUCGACUGGCUGGAGGAACGCACCACAGGCAUGGCUGAUAUGAUUCUGGUAAACAGCCAGUUCACUGCAGGCAUCUUCAGGGAGACCUUCAAGGGUCUGAGAGGAGUCCACACCGAUGUCCUCUAUCCCUCCCUCAACACACGAACCUUCGACCAGCCGUCCUCUGAGACACAGAGCCUGGAGGGGCUUCUCCCCGAGGGAACCUCCUGCCUGUUUCUUUCUCUGAACCGAUACGAGAGGAAGAAGAAUCUGGGGCUAGCUCUGGAGGCUCUCGCAGCUUUGAGGAGCAGCCUUUCUCCUGGCCAGGGAGCAGGUAUUCACCUGGUGGUGGCGGGGGGCUACGAUGACAGAGUUACCGAGAACGUUCAACAUUAUACUGAACUGAAGGAACUUGCAGCACAGCUCCAACUGGAGGACUGUGUGACUUUCCUGCGCUCCCCCUCUGACUCACUGAAGGUGGCGCUGCUGCAGGGCAGCGCGGCCGUGCUCUACACCCCGAGCAGAGAGCAUUUUGGGAUAGUUCCCGUGGAGGCCAUGUACUGCUGCUGCCCUGUUAUCGCCGUCAACUCCGGGGGCCCCCUGGAGAGCGUUGCUGAUGGGGAGACGGGCUUCCUGUGCGAGCCCACGGCAGAGGCCUUCUCUCAGGGGAUGGGGAGGCUGUUCGGGGAGCCGCAACUCCGCAGGGUCAUGGGACAAGCUGGGAGGAGGAGGGUGCAAGAUAAAUUCUCUCUGCAGGCCUUCUCAGACCAGUUGUACGGGUACAUAGUGAGUCUGAGCCAGUGAUGUGAAAGUUGGAGGACAGCUACUGAUAUCUGCUACUGAACUGUGAAUUGUCUUCAGACGACUGCAGAGAGUUGACGUGUGUGUCGUCUAACAGAGAACGUGUGUGUAUGCAGGAAGGCGACGGAGGGGUAUUAUGAGGACAAUCAAUCAGCAUUCCCCUGGAGGGGUUGCUGAGAGGAAAAAAGAAUGGAAUCUCUAUACCAAUUAAGAAAAGAGUAACGAGUUUUCCUACCCUAUCUGUGGAAAAAUACCUCCCCUGCAACAGUAUGCAUGUGUAUGGGUGUGUCAUAUUUUAUGUGUAGCAGCACAGCCACAAAGAGUCCAGCAAAUGAGCGAACCAACAGGAUUGAUUGUUAGAGUGAAAUGUUUUGCACUGUUCUUUUUAGUCUUUGUCGCUCUAUGUUUGCAGGCUGAAGAAGAGAAAGAAUGUAGUUAACACUGAGUCCCAUCAGCCAUCGCACAGACCCAGAUCGAUAAACGGGAUGCUUUCCACUACUUCCUGUCCGCAAAGAGCUUUGUCCCCCGCUCCUCUCAUUCAGAAGAAGCUGGCCUGUCUGUGACUCUUGCUGCAGCGUCAAGUUAUUAGCAGAUGAUAGAGCGUGUCUGGCUUUAUUAGAGGUCUGGCUGAUGGGCAGCAUGUCUUUGUCUGGGUCAUUAUCAAGCAGGAGAAUAGCAGAAGGUCAGUGUGUCUGUGCGCUGCCCUCCUACUGUAUAGAAAUGCUCUUAUUGACAUUCCAGAAGUCUUAAUAAACAAGAGGACACAUAGUUUCCUGACUCUUA